AUGGCGGAGGUGCAGACACGCAAUCGACAGCUCGAACUGCAAGUUUUAGAGCUGCAGAACACCUGCAGCCAACAAGCUCAUGAGCUGGUCGUGCAACGCGAGUCCCUGCAAAAGCUGUAUGCUGAGGAGGCGCAAGUCGAAGUGGAAAGAAUCCAGGAGUUGCGCGACACGGCGUGCGCAUCGGCUCAUCACCAUGCCACCUCGAAGACCGAGGAAUUGACAAGGGCUGAGGUGCAGCUGGACAAGCAGCAGCUGGAAUUGGUUGCAAAGGCCAAUGACGUCGCCCGGUUGAGGGAAGAGUUGCAUGUGUCACACAAUGAAAGAUCACAGCUGGAUUUGCAUCUUUUGCGGGUGGAGGCCCGUGAAGAGCAAACGGUCAACGAGUUGGAAGAAGUAAGUCAGCUAUGUAGACAACGUGGAGCCAUGGCUUCGAAUUUUGAGGCACAGCUUGACUUGUCUGAGUUGAAGCUGGAUGAACUGCAGAAGAGCUGCAGCCAUCAGUUGCAAGAGCUGUCAGCGCAGCGUCGGCUGACAUCCUCGUUGCAACUCCAGCUGGAGGACGAACUGCGACAGCACCGUGCGUCGCCACCGAUAGAGUUGCUUGAGGUUACGCAAGCCCAAGCCCUUGAAAUUCAGCAACUGCGUGCCGAGGUGGGUGUGUCGGUUUCCCACGCGGCAGCGCAAAAUGAGGUCAGGGCAGAGGCCGAGGCCGAGGCUUGCCAGAUGCUCCGAGGCGAACUGGCUGAAGAGAAGGCACGUGGACUCCUAACAGCCACCCCGGCAGCUGCAAGUUCGCCUUUGGCCACUGCUGCCCUUGCCGGCGCCGCAGUCACUGCAGACGGGCACAAACUGUUCGAGGCUGCGGCACAAGGAGAUGUGGCACUGGCAUCGGCACUUGAGAAGCUGCCGAUGUCAGAGUUCAUGGCGGUUCGGAGCGCAGAUGGCUCCACACUCCUUCAUGCUGCUGCGGCGGGGGGCUCCCUGCCCGCAGCUUUGGCUGCGCUCCUCGCUGGUGGUGCGCGCCGGCGAUGCGAACAAGACCUUCAGAGAGAUUUGCUCCGACACGAGCACCUGUCCUUCGUCAAUGCGCGCGACUGCGAGCAGCGAUCUGCACUUCUUUGCCAUUGCCAGUCGGCCAACACAUGCGCUGCCAGUGCGGCAACGCUGCUGGAAAGUCAGGCCAACCCGUUCUUAGAGGACGGCCACGGCUGCACACCUUUCCUGGCUUGUGCCAGCCGAGGAAAUUGUGAGGUCAUGAAGCUGUUGCUCCGUGCGACGGGCGGAUCUGUUCUCAGAGACUCGGAUGAGAACGGCCGGACCGCCCUACAUUGCGCAACUUUGAAGGGCAACGCUGAUGCCGUGCGGUUGCUUCUGCAGGUGAGCGCCGAUGUUGAGCUGCCAGAUGCAGCCGGCCGCCGAGCAGUGGAGCUUGCAGAAGCGGGUGGCCAUGAAGACAUCGUUAAGCUGUUGGAGCCGGCGGAGGAGGAGCCGCAAGAGAUUCCUGCUGUUGGUUUGCAGUCGUGGUUGCCGCGUGAAGAAAACGCAGACGAGGAAGAACCACAUCAAGAUUCAAGGCCGGUGAAACCCAAUGCUCCGGCCACUCCGACGAGUCCAACGAGUCCAGACAAAUAUGCCGAGGAGCCAGGCGAUGAGUGGUAA